CCUUUACCUUGCCAAAAAGGUAUGUUAACUAUUUGUGUGAAAAUUAGCUGAUUGUAGAGUUUCACCAAAAUUGUAAUUUCCUGAUCAAUCAUUUUACCAUUUCAAAGUUGAAUAUUAAUUAGCGGUAUUAUCUUCGUUGUCAUUAGCAGCUUGAGGAGAGGUAAUCUUUUUCACUGUAAAGAUUAACGCCAAGGACAUAAAAUGAAAACCUGUUCAGAUGAACAUUUUUCCACUUUUUUAAAUUGGUUGAAAAUUUUAUUCAAUAAUCAUGUCUUCACGAUUAUACUUGAUCAAUGAUGUCCCAACUGCUGUCCGCCAUAAUCUAGAAGGAAUUGUCAGAGUCAACAAUCACCUUGUCAUUCAUAAAUCGUCCAACAUUGUUGUUCGUAAAGACUUUCGUGAAUCAGUUUUGGACAGAGCAAAAGUGUCUUUAAUUUCAGGUGGAGGAUCGGGCCAUGAGCCAUCGCAUGCUGGUUUUGUUGGCAGUGGAUUAUUGACAGCUUCAGUUUCGGGUAACAUCUUUGCCUCACCAACAGCUGCUGAAGUACUCAGAACCAUUAAACUGAUAAAUCUUAAAAAUUGUUCCGCUGGAACCUUGUUAAUUGUUCCCAACUAUACUGGUGAUCGUUUACAUUUUGGUUCAGCAAAGGAAAGAGCCGUUCUAGAAGGUUACAAUGUUGAUCUUUUUAUAUUUGGUGAUGAUUGUGUUUUCGGAUCCAAGACCGGUCGAGUUGGUAAAAGAGGAUUAGCUGGAGUAUUUUUUAUCCAUAAAAUUGCUGGAGCUUUAGCUGAAGAUGGUGUUUCUCUUAAAGCUAUCAAACAGUCGGUUGAAUUGGCAGCUCCUCGUAUAGCAUCAAUCUCAAUCUCUCUGGGUCCAUGUAAUGUACCCGGAGUUGGUCCAUCAUUUGUUAUGCCACCCGGUCAGCUUGAAGUUGGCCUAGGAAUUCACGGUGAACGAGGUUCUAAACGGAUUGCUUAUAUUCCUGCUGGACAAGCUGUUUCUUUAUUGAUUGAUCACCUGACAAGUGAAGAGGUUGGCUUGAAAAAGUAUUUCUCUAACAAUGGAUCAACACGAAUCGUUAUCCUGUUCAAUGAUAAUGGUGGAAUGACGACCAUGGAAAUGAAUGUAAUCAUGAGAGAAGCAAUUUCUCAGUUUACUUCAAGAGGAUUUACCAUUGAAAGAACCUACUCGGGUCGUUAUGUGACAUCUUUCGAUAUGAUUGGUGUUUGUCUUAGCAUUAUGGUCGUCGAUGAUGAUUUACUCAAGCUUUUAGACGCUCCCUGUUCCAGUGUAAUAAUAUCACAAGAAAGUAGUUUACCGAGAGGAAUCAACAGUGAACCAAUUCUGGAUGAUGAUGAGGACGAUUCAGUGCGAGAAAGAAUGGCAUUAAAUUAUGAUAAAAUAGAUCGGUUAAUAGCAUAUGAAUCUAUUUUCAUUAAAUGUUUAUCAAGUGCCUGUCAAACUCUUAUUGAUAAUGAGAGUUAUCUCAACAGACUUGACUCUGAAACUGGUGAUUCAGACUGUGGGUCAACUUUAGCAUCAGGAGCUCGAACCUUGCUAGAAGCUAUUGAAUCGGGCAACUUAAAGUCCUCAUUCCUUCAACUGUCUCAUAUCAUUGAAAAGUGUAUGGGUGGAACUAGUGGUGCGCUAUUCAGUCUAUUUUUCACUGGAGCUUCAAAAUCAGUGGCAACUCAGCUUUCAAACAAUUCAGGUCGUUUAAACAUUCAAAGUUGGACUGAAAUAAUAUCCCAAUCAAUCAACAACAUGACUCAAUAUAGCUAUGCAAGACCUGGUGACAGGACAAUGGUUGAUCCUCUCAAUUCACUUGUUAAAGCUUUCAGUUCGUAUUCUGAUUCGGAAAACAAUAUUUCCACCUUUUUGGCUCAUGUUUUACUUAAAGUUGAAAGUGAUGCUCAAUCGACUGCAUCAAUGGAAGCUAAAAUUGGUCGAGCCUCUUAUGCACCUAAACUAUCCAAUAGUGGACCAGAUCCUGGUGCUUGGGCAAUUUACUUGAUUGUUAAAGCUAUUUUUGAUACUUACCUGGAAUCCACGCAACAAUGAAAAUCUUUUAUUUACAAAAUUACUAAACAUAAAUAUAUAAUCAAAUGUCUUGUCUGAUAAAAUUGAAAGACACUUUAAUUUUUAUAUUGAGAGGGAAAUUGUCAAUAAAUUGGUUUCAGAGCUGAUCCAAGGAAAUUUAUUGAUCUGAUUGACUCUAACUGAGAAGCUGUCGCAAUUGUCAUGAGAUGUCGAUAAUGGUUGAAAGCUAUUGGCAUUAUCAUCAAUGAAUGUUACUUUCUUGACACAAAAAACACAAUCAAUACCAAAAAUGAUCAGUAAAAAGCAUUUUUUGAAAACACUUGUUUGAAAUGUUUGUAAAGCUUAUUGUCAAAUGAAUGCUCAGAUGAAUUUCAAUAAAUUAAAUUGAUAAAUUUUA